UGGACCAUAGCAGUAUUUUAUUUUGCAGCUUGUGUUCGUAGUUUGUGGUGUAUUUUGACAACAUGGUGCCAUGCGAGGCUAUAAACGAAUGCUUAAUUAUUUAAAUGGAUAGUUUCUCCAGUGUUGUAAUUGUGCAACAACUUCAAAUCAGCGUCGUGACUGAUAAAAUGAUAUAUAAUGAUAUAUAGAAUAAAAAGGCAAUUGGAAAACAUCAUCAGAUCAUAUUUAGAGAUUUGUGUACACUUUUAAACGAGAAGGUGAAUGUUUGAAAAAUGGAUAAGUUCAUGGACCGAAGGCUUCGAGUUCGUCAGAUUGCAAUCAACUUUUUGCACAAGAUGAGCGGCAGCACAGUUAUUGAGGAUCCGGGGAUCCCAUUGGUUAACAAGAUCAACGGGAAGUACAACCGUUACAUGGAAACGGAUGAUAGCAUCUCGUCUCCCGACAGCAAUGCGCCGGAAGCUGGCAAUAUGUCCGCGACCUUUGGGGUCAGCAACCGCUUUGACAACAUCGGCUACAAACUUGCACGUCGUAAGCAGCUGAUCAACCGUCGCCGUAUGAUCGUUAACGUCGAGUUUGCAAUGGCCAUGCUUGGGAUCAUGUUAAUGUUACUGGAGACUGAGUUCUUUAUACGAGGAGUGUUCACAAAGUCCGAUGCAGGUUCUAUCAUUUUAAAAACAGGAAUAUUAAUUUCUACUUUCGCUCUUCUCGUUGCCAUAAUGUUCUACCAUAUCACGGGAAUUCAAAUACAAAUGACAGACAACAGUUGGGAAGAUUGGCGACUGGCAAUGAAUUUUCCAAUGACGUAUCUUAAAAUUCUUACAGAGCUCGUCGUAUGCUUGAUUCAUCCAAUUCCAGGCAAUACCACAGUACCGGCUUAUGGCGUAGAUGGUCAAUAUCGCAUGGUGUCCCUCGAUGCUAUAUUCUCAAUCCUUAUGUUAGGUCGUUUAUACAUUGUUGGCAAAUUCACCGUCGUCCAUCACCGUUUAUUGACUGACACGUCUACGCAAAGUCUUGGAGCACUGAAUAAAGUAAAAAUCAACACGGCGUUCGUGUUCAAAGCGCUUAUGUCAACCAUUCCAGGAACCAUGCUUAUUUCUCUGAUGUUGGCAAUUUUGUUCAUAGACAGUUGGGCGUUACGUACUUGCGAAAUCUAUUACCAUCCCGGGUCCCCCGAGAGUAGCUAUUUAAACUCAAUGUGGCUCACUACUAUAACAUUCCUUACCAUUGGCUAUGGAGACAUAUAUCCCAGCACGUAUUGCGGACGGUUUGUUUCCGUUAUAACUGGACUCAUGGGCGUUGGAACAACGGCCUUGCUUGUUGCAGUCCUAGCGCAAAAGCUUGAACAAACACGACCAGAAAAGUAUGUGCAUAACUUUGUGUCACGUGUUCAGCUGGAUAAAGUCAGAAAGAACGCUGCCUCUGACGUCAUAAAAUACGCUCUUACGCUGUGGCGAAUGAAGCGGCGUGGGAUUGGAACGGGCAUGAAGCGCAAUCGUGUGUAUGGAAAACUUUUACAAUCCAUUUAUAUAAUGAGAGAGGCCAAAAAUGAGAAACAGUCAAUCGGAGAAAGUUCGGUUGGAGUUGUUGAAAUCGCUAAAUCUGUAAAUGAUGUUUUUGAAAUCGUUGAACAAAUGCAAGGCGAACAGACGACAUUUCAGUCUAAAGUGAUAGAUAUGGAAGAAAAGAUACGUAAAAUGGACGAAAAACUGGAUUUGUUGAUAUCGAUGAACAAAUGAUAAUGUGUUCAUUAACGUAGCGGUUUGAAAUGAUUCAGUCAAAGCCCGUUAUGUCGAUAAACGCGUUAUGUCGAACCUUUUUUACCAGUCGCGAUUGUUUUCCAUCAGAAAAUAUUUCUAAUUUUUAUUUUUCAAUGUCAACAUUGCUGUAUUUACAACUGAAACAUAUUUCAAGACAGGUUCCUUUACGGGUCGAUAAGUAUGUGGUCCAAUUUCGGAUAUAUCGAAUUUUUGUUAUAUUCAUGUAUUUCUCGCGGCACCGCUGACUUCGACAUAACGGAUUUCGACUGUGUAUGCGUUACAUUAUGUACAUGUUCUGCCAAAGUACGUUGUUUGUUUUUAUAUAGUUGCGAUUUUAUGAAAAUUGUUUUUAAGAAGUGUCAUGGGGUCGGUAAUAAACUUUUAUAAACUAGUUCUAGGAUAGAGUAGUUUGCCGUGGUCAACUAUUUUAACUAAGGCGUAACAAAAAAAUAUUUGUUUCUGGUUUUCAGGCCUACAUGUUUCGGCACCCGACACUAUUAUUUGUAUUGCCAGCACUCAAAAUAAACUGACCGUAAUUUUCAAUCUCUUUUUGGGGUAGUUUCUUGCGUAAAUCUUCUCAGACCGAAUCGCAACUGUUAUUAGUAUGAAAAUGAUAUAUGACAAAACUCUACUAUAAUAAAGAUAUAACAUAUCCCUACCCUUUAGGGUUUGUUUGGACUUGAAAUCGGAAACAAACAAAACAAGUUUUACACCUACUUUUUAAAAUCUUUAAAACAUAUGUUUUACAUGAAUUUAAAACAAUUUACCGUUUUUUUCUUGGCUUUUUUGUUAUUUUGUACUAAGUAUAUAGUUUAAUGAUUGGAAUUUGCUGCAGUAUAUCGUCACAUAUUGUUAAUACAGUUUUAGCAUUUUUGUGGCCGUCAAAUCGGGAAUAAGCGAUAUACGAUAUUUGACGCAUGUUGACCGUCAUUUUGUUUAAAUUAUCUCACAGAAAUGAAAACAAGAGUUUAACUAAUAAAAUCUGUUUUGGUUUUACUUUCCAUUGUUCAUAGAACAGUUACAUGUACGUUAGAAGAGAGACAUAAAAGUUAUUGGAGGGAUCUUGUCAACGUUGCGUAUGACAAACAAAAACGUAAGAUUAAUAACUUCAGCUAUAAAUGCAGUUAAAGUCACAAAUCAGCUUAAUAAAAUCAGACCAAUAUAUCUCUAUGUUUUGAAAUCGAUAAUAUAAUUACUCAGAAUUUGUUAACGGAAAAGCGAGUGCUCAAUAUGUGCGACGUUGAUGAGCCCCAUCUUUCACAACCAUGAUGGCGAAUGGUAUUUAUUAAUAGUAUACUUGCUUUGAAAAACUGCAAUGCGGAGGGGGGAAUGAAUCAUUGGAACACAAGGCGGUGACUGAUACGGACUUUACCUUUACAAGUCAUUACAUAGUGUACGUUUUAGAUUAGUUUGUAUGACGUCGUUGAUACAUGAUAUAUAGUUUAUUGUUGUUUUGUGCUGAGGCAGUAGUAAUUAUAAUAGUUGUUAUUGAACUGUUGCAUUCCAUAGGUUUAUUUAGACGGCAAUGUUUGUUGCAUUAACAUAUGUG